AUGCAGCCGACUGGUUCCUCUGCCCUCUCCAGACAGGUUAAGCUCUGGUUCCUGACCUUAGCUGUCCUUGUGGUCCUGGCUCAGACUUCCUCAGAUGGAUGGCUCAGAAAGUGCUUCUUUGGAAUGGGCAAAUGCAGACGUGUGUGUGGGGUAGAUGAGAAGAAGAAAGAGCGGUGUGGGAAACACACUUUUUGCUGUCUCCUGGUAUCAAGGUCAAAAUUAUCCUACAUCCCACCCAGAAAAAAGAGAAAGAAUGAAGCUAAGCGGGUUGGGCCUGGUUAG